CAAAAAACAUGAAUACUGAAGUUAAACCACAUCAAUGUUUUAAAAAUUGGCAUGAAAGUUCUCAGGCAAUGGAAACAGAUAUCAUAGUUCAGGGCUUCCUUGAAGCAGAAUCAACACAUGGACUGAGAUACAUUUACAUGAUAGGGGAUGGAGACAGUUCUGUGUAUCCCCAACUUCAAGAACAAAUUCCUGUAUGGGGUAAAAGUAUAAACAAAAAACUGGAAUGUGCAAACCACACGUGCAAAUGCUUAAGAGCAAACCUGGAAAAGCUUGUGGCUGAAAAACCUCACCUAAAAGGAAAAGGAAAACUUACAAAACUGAAUCGGGUAAGGCUCACAACCGCUGUGAGAUGCGCUAUAAAAAAGAGAUCUUCCGAAAAUGACUCUAAACAAUUGAAAAAAGACAUUAUAAACUCUAUAUAUCACAUUUUAGGCUUUCAUGAUAAAUGUAGCAAUUUCUGCACCAAGAAGAUUGAAAAAGAAAACAUUGAAAGUGUUGAACAAUUAACCAAUGAAAAUGGAGAUAAUGAUUAUUUUAAUGAAAUUAUAGACGAACAAUAUGAAUUUUGGAAAUUGCCUUCACAUCUUGAAAUGGAAAACAGCCGAAAUGCAUUAAAGAAACAGUGUCAAAAGGCGGAAAUAACAGAAGUAGUAAGGGAUGUGCAAGUAUUUUUAAACCGAAUUGCAAACAAAAGCGAUCGUUUGAUAGGAAAUUUUACCACCAAUUUAUGCGAAAGCUGGAUGUCAAUAAGAGCAAAAUUUGAUGGAGGAAAGGUUGUGAAUCGAUGUGGAAGAGGAUCUUGGCACGCACGAUGUUUUGGUGGUGCUUUGCGAAAAAACCUGGGUGAGGAAUGGUCUGUAAGAACAUUUAAACAUGUAACCAAAGAACAAGGUGGACAGUAUUUUUUUGAAGCUGUGCACAGACAAACAAAGAAAAAUUAUGCAAGUGCCAAAUAUCAGGCUAAACCAGAAAGUAAAUCAUUAAGACGUAAACGUAAAUUUCAAAAUUUGAAGGAAAACACUUGUAAAAAAGCUAAAAUUAACUAUGGCAGCAAUUUAGAUGAUUCACCUGAUGUACCAGCAGACCAACUCAAAAUUGUGUGUGACCAAUUUUAUGAAUGUCAAAUAUUAAAAACAGAUACUGAAAUAAUCGAUAUUGAAAAAAAAAACCAUUAAUCAAUCCCAAUCAGAAUUGUGGAAAAAGAAAGAAGUAUUAGGCUAACUAGCUCCAACUUUGGAAAGGUUAUUUCUCGCCGCAACACAAAUGUAUCUACAGCUUUAGUAAAUAACAUGCUGUAUUCCAAAUUCUCUGGUAACAUCCAUACAAUAAGAGGACUGGCACAAGAGGACAAUACUAUAAUAGAAUAUAAAAAUGUUAAAGGAAAUGUUGAAGUGCAGAGAACUGGAUUGAGAAUUUGUAAAGAACACCCCUUUCUAGCAGCUUCAACUGAUGGAAUUGUCUUAUCAAAAGAAUCUAAUGGUCUUUUGGAAAUAAAGAAUCUGCUGCAAACAAAUUCAUAUUUAAUAAAAGAAGCUGUGGAAAAAGUGCCAAAUUUUUGUUUGGAAUGUGUAAAAGGGAAAAUUCAGCUUAAAAAAACCCAUAGCUUUUAUUACCAAAUUCAAGGACAAUUAAAUAUCUUUGAAAAACCAUGGUGUGAUUUUGUGGUAAGACGAUCAAAACCAUAUGACAUGUUAAUUGAACGAAUACAAAGGAACUGUAAAUAAUGGGAGACGCAAAUGUUACCCAAAUUGCUAGCCUUCUAUAUGAAGUUCAUGCUUCCUGAAAUAGCCCUCCCAAGAAUGGGAACAUAUACUGGAAUUAGACAACCAAACAAACCAUGGUUCAUUCCUAGUCAACGAGUUGAAUUGACGAAGACAAAAUGUACAAGUGUUUCCAAGCCAUUAGUAAAACCGUCAAAAUUGGUAGUACAUGUAGAUGAUCAAAUAGCGGGUCCAUCCCAUCUAUGCGAUGAUACAUUGACUGAUGUCAAUAACUAUUCAACACCAAAGGAAGUUUGCACCAAUAAAAGGACUGGUCGAUGCAAAACAGCAAAGUUUGUUGGUCGACAGAUUCGACACAAAUG